AUGGGCAAACACGUCGACGGCGAACUCAAACUUCGUAAUACAUGCGAAAUUGAAAUUAUUGAACCAAACAAUACGCUCGGGCGGCCUUCUUCCGGGUUGAGAGUGGGGUCCCGUUGUGUUUUAAAUUAUGGACCGAAUCUCCACGGAAAAGAACAACUGUUGAAUAGUGAUCUCAGGCGUUCUUGCUUUUAG